GAAACUAUGGGAAAUUCGAUAAAAGGAAGGUAAAAGGAGAAGACAGAGGAGCCAGGACACGGUCAAAAACACACAACGCAGUACAGGAGGAAGAAGUGGGGAACGGGGAACCAAGAAGUUUAAGUUUUGUUUACUAACUAACUACUCUAACCCCCUAACCUAGUCUGGCUGGACAAGAUUAUAACUUAUGGCAGACGAAGAGAUGGAGAGUGAUCAAGAAUUAUUACCAGUUGUCACAGAUGAUGACAUUAGAAGAUCAUCAGGUGAUGAAUUAGGUUUUGUCAGUGGAUGGGAUGAAGAUACAGACGGAGUGGAAGAAGAGCUGAACCCUCAUGCGUCACCAAACAAGGAAAUAUUGUGGGCUGCAGAAAAUGGAGAAAAUGAAAUAAUAAAGAGACUGGUGAAGGAGAAUCCUUCCAUCGUGCAUGUGAGAGAUCAAGACGGUUAUACUGCUUUGCACAGAGCCUGUUACAACAACCAUGUGGAGACUGUGGAGUUAUUGAUACAGAGCGGAGCAAACAUAGCAGCCAAAACAGACUGUGGCUGGCAGCCGCUACACUCGGCCUGUAAAUGGAACAAUGCUGAGUGUGCGGCCAAACUGCUGGCUUACGGUGCUGAUGUCAAUGCUUUAACGGAUGGAGAUUUAACACCGCUGCACACCGCAGCUAGCAACAGCUACGCCAGGGACUGUCUAGAACUGCUUCUGAUGCACCACAACAUCAGGCCCGACAUGAAGAACCACGUCAAUGAGACGGCAUUUGAGAUUGCUAGGAGGAGCGGAAAAUAUGCUGGUCUCUUUGAGAUCACCGAACCUUGCUUUCAACUGUGAACUGCAGUAGUUCAUUGUUGAGAUGAAGAAUAUUGUUGAAAGCCCACCGCCCAUUGGAUGGUUGCCAGAGGAUGUGCGAAGUAUCGGAAGGAAUUUGUCUGGAGGCAUCCACAUGAUAGAAGAAAGCACUCAGUAGGAAGGUGAAGAUUUGCAAAUGCUAGAGGAUUCAUUUUGUUAGAUCUAGAUCUAAUUUUUUAACACUUGAAGAAGCACGGUGUUAUGAAAUUAUUCACGUUGUUUCACAGAAAUUUCACAUUAGACCGAGUGAGAUUGAUUUGUUAAUUCAUAGUACUUUUGUUUUGAAUUAUAUCACCUUGAACAACAA